AUCCGAGCCAAGAAGAAACCUACUCCAGUGAAGUAUGAAGUUGGGGAUCUUGUUUGGGCCAAGUUCAACAGACGCCCAUGGUGGCCAUGCACAAUUUGUCAUGACCCAGUGCUGGACUGUCACUCAAAAAUGAAAGUUUCCAAUCGGAGACCGUACCGAGAGUACUAUGUGGAUGCCUUAGGAGAACCUUCAGAGAAAACCUGGGUGGCUGGGAAAGCUAUUGUCCUCUUUGAAGGAAGACAUCAGUUUGAAGAGCUGCCUGUUCUUCGGAGAAGAGGAAAGCAAAAGGAAAAAGGCUACAAACAUAAGGUUCCUCAAAGAUUUAUGGCUAAAUGGGAAGUCAGUGUUGGACAGGCAGAAGACAUUCUUCUCGGGGGGGCAGAGGAUCAAAAAUGCAGCCAGAACUCCGGCGAGCUGGACAGCGAGAAGGAAGUGCAGUCGGAAUACUAUGCUAAUGGCCCUGGAGCAGAAAGGGACAGGCAGCUGAACGGUUGUUUUAAAUCCUUGGCAUUUGACUCCAGACACCUGGCCAGUGAAAAAGGAAAACUGCGCAUUAAGUCACAUGUGAAAAAGAGCUCUGACAGCAGAAAAAGGACUAGAGUAAAAAAGAGUGGUGCAAGAGGGGAAGCAUCUAGGGGAGAAAUCAAAGAAAAAAUGCCAGAGAGCAUAGUUAGAAACAUGAUUGUUGGGGACCUACCGGAUAAACAUGCCUCUCAUGAACUUCGCCGAAUUGCCAACAGCCUAACGGCAUCCAGUAGCACCAGGGAAAACCAUUUGCUUUCCUCCUUUGGAGAGAGACGUUUUGAAAAGACAACUUUGAAACCGGACUAUGAGAAUCGUAGAAGCGAUGCUCUGAAGAACAUGCUACAAGGGGAUUUGUUUUCCAGUGCAUCUUUGCAGAGAGAGAAGAGCUCCCUGGGCAUUUUGUGCAGUUCCAAAUUACAAAUACACUAUUCUGCAUCUGAUACUGGUAUUGAGAAGAAGCAAACUGAAUCAGAUUCAUCCUCUUCCCUCUCAGAUGGUGGGAACAGUGAUGUAGAUACCAUGGACCAAAGUUCAGAGAGAGCCUCUAGUGCUCUUGAAGUCAGUGAUUCUUCAGAUAAAGUGGAGAAGGAAUUUCCUAUGAUGUCAAGUGGAAACAUUAAGCUUUCCAUGUAUCUUUCUCAGAAGAGCAAUAGAAGGGCCAGGAAGAAGUUAUACAGAGAUCGCAAACCUCUGGGAGGUUCAGUAGCCAGCAGAGUUGAUGCUGAAUUUGCAGAUGGGGAGCUUGAAGUGGGCUUCUCUGAUGCUGAGAGGUCAUUGACAGCUCUUGAGCGCUCUUCAGAUGUGAGAAAUGACAAUCUUUCCCUAGCACACAAGCACACUACUCCCCAAAGUAUUUCCAAGGACAGCUCCUGGCCUGCUGUUGCAAAUCAAGCAAUCCUAAAACCGAAAAGCAUGAAAUUGCCCCGAAUCAGGAGUAUAAAAUGCAAACAUAAAGAAAAAGUUGCUGGGUUGGAGCCUUCUCUUGCAGAAGAGGAGGGUGGUGUGAAUCGCUGCUCUUCUGAUACCAAAGGUUUCUCUGGUCUUCAGAGAGAUUCUCUUCAGAGAAGCGGAAAAGUUGAUGGUCAGAAACUGUUAAACAACAUGCAUGAGAAACCCAGGGACUCUGCUGAAAUAGAAACGGCUGUGGUGAAACACGUCUUGUCAGAGCUGAAGGAGCUGUCUUAUCGGUCCAUGAAUGAUGAUGCUAGUGACUCUGGUGCUCCAAAGGCCACAGUACCUUUACUUUUCUCUUCCGCCUCUGGUCACGGUCCUUUGCCUAUUGAGCCAGAUUACAAAUUCAGCACCUUGUUAAUGAUGUUGAAGGAUAUGCAUGACAGUAAGACAAAAGAGCAGCAACUGAUGACUGGUCAAAAUAUAGUCCCAUUUCGAAAUACCAGCACAGCUGAUGGUUCUGGAAGCAAUUCUGCAAGUGGUCUGAAGUCCUUGUCUAUUGUAGGUCCCCCAUAUAAAAUAGAAAAAAAUGGAGAUUGUGUCCAGGAAACAGUAAAUCCAAACUCAGCUAUAAGCAACUCCUCAUUUUCACGCAAUCCUCCAACCAAGUUGACGGGGAUUGGUACUAGUAAAAGGGAGCCCGCGAGUACUGCUGUUUCUGGGACAAACGGCACAAAUUGCAUGUCCAAACGCAACUGUUCAAAAUCUAAGCAGUCAUCAAAGCUUGGAGAUAAAACAGUUUCAAACAGAAAGGACUUAAAACCAGGAGGGCCAAGUAAGUUGCUAAGUCGGUUAUCCAGAGAUUCAGGAGAACAUGCAUUCCGCGUUCACGGUUUGGUUACCAGUCCUCUAGGUAAUGAAGCAGAAGAUACUGAGAGGAAAGAGUCUGUUGAUUUAACAGAACAUUCAACUGAUGAAGACUCUGCCUGUUUAUCUGAUGACAAUUUAGAUCGUAUUGGAAGGAGACCUGAAGCUGGUAGAAAUAUUGAGAGCUGCACUUCUGCUGAAAAUGGGGAGAGUCCAGACUUGGAUUCAGAGGCAAAUAGUGAGAGCUCUCUUGGUGAUGAGUCUAAUGAUAUAAAUCACGUAGUAGCACCCAAAAAGCGAUGGCAGCGUUUUAACCAAAGCAGUGCUAGAUCUAAUAAGCACAUCAGUAGAUCUAGGGAACAAGGAAACUUGGAGAGUGCCUUUGGCCUGAAUUCUCGUGGCUUUUCACGGAAGGGAAAUGAGUGCUUGGGACGUAGGCAUUCCCCUCAUUCAAAGGUGCUUGAGGGAGACCUGACAGAUCAGGACUAUGAGAAUCAUUUAGACUUAGUUGAGAAACGUUUGAAUGUAUGUGGUAAGCCAAACAACAGUGUGAUGGACUCAGAAACAGAGCUUGGCAACUUUGCUCCCCAGUCUGAAUUCUCUGCACAAGUACAUUCAGAGAGGAAACGCCUUAGAAAGCCAAGUAAACGGCUUCUGGAAUAUGCAGAAGAAUAUGAUCACUUAUUUGCACCCAAGAAAAAGUCAAAGAAGGUCCAGGAGCAAUUGCAAAAGGUGAAUUCUGUGGUGAGGUCUGAAUUUGAAGGAGGUCUUCCUGCACAAUGCAGUCCUGACAGAGAUACCCAGCGGGGGCCGAGUCCUUUGGUUUCAACUCCAUCUUCAACCAAAGAGUCCCCUCCCAUCCUUGAAGCAGAAUGCUCCUUCUCAGAACUAGGAUCCCAUUCCACUGAUCCUACUGAUCAACUUCUAGAAGGACCUUCAGAUUUUCCAGAGCUGGUGCUGUCUUCCUCAGAUGUUUCUGAAGUUUCCGCUUCUCCAGAUGCGGAAGAGAGAUUCCUGAAAUCAGGAAACUUCGAAAGCAAGCGUCAAAGGAAGCCCACUAAAAAGCUCUUGGAAUCAAAUGAUUUGGACACUGCCUUUAUGCCAAAGAAGGAUGAGUGGACUCCCCCAAAGAAGGGCACUGGCCCUUCAGAGAGCGACAGCUCUGAGCUCUACUCACCAGCCCACUUCUCGGACCUGGGAGAAGCUUCUGAAAAGCUCUUGGAGAAGCAGCGGAAGCGGAAGCGACAGCGCCAUCCCUCUGCAAUGCAUUCCAAGAAGGAGAGAAAUGAGGAGGGGCUGGGGGAGACCCCACACUCUGAGGGGGAGACAUCGGUUCAUGGGACUGCUGCAAGCCCCAAAGAGGGUAAUGAAGAGGGGUCAGAGAAUGACCAUGGAGUGCCUUCGUCCAAAAAGAUGCAGGGGGAGCGUGGAGGAGGAGCAGCUCUCAAGGAGAAUGUGUGUCAGAUCUGCGAGAAGCCAGGGGAAUUGUUGCUGUGUGAGGCGCAGUGCUGUGGUGCUUUCCACCUGCAGUGUCUUGGGCUCUCUGAGAUGCCAAAAGGCAAAUUCAUCUGCAAUGAGUGUUCCACAGGGGUCCAUACCUGCUUUGUGUGCAAGAGCUGCGGGGAAGAUGUAAAACGGUGCUUGCUGCCUCUCUGUGGGAAGUAUUACCAUGAAGCGUGCAUACAAAAGUAUCCGCCCACGGUCAUGCAGAACAAGGGCUUCCGAUGCUCCCUGCACAUAUGCAUGACUUGUCAUGCUGCUAACCCAGCAAACGUCUCUGCGUCUAAAGGUCGCUUGAUGCGCUGUGUGCGAUGUCCAGUUGCGUACCACUCCAACGACUUCUGCCUCGCUGCUGGGUCCGUGGUCCUUGCCUCCAACAGCAUCAUCUGCCCCAAUCACUUCACUGCACGGAGGGGCUGUCGCAACCACGAGCAUGUCAACGUCAGCUGGUGCUUUGUCUGCUCAGAAGGGGGCAGUCUUUUAUGCUGCGAGUCGUGCCCGGCUGCGUUUCACCGUGAGUGUCUAAACAUUGAAAUGCCAGAGGGAAGCUGGUAUUGUAAUGAUUGCAAGGCAGGCAAAAAGCCACACUACAAGGAAGUAGUCUGGGUGAAAGUUGGGCGCUACAGGUGGUGGCCAGCUGAGAUUUGCCAUCCUAGGACAAUCCCUGUCAACAUCCAGAAAAUGAAACAUGACAUCGGCGAGUUCCCCGUGCUAUUCUUCGGCUCCAAGGAUUACCUGUGGACCCACCAGGCCCGUGUGUUCCCUUACAUGGAAGGUGAUGUCAGCAGCAAAGACAAGAUGGGGAAGGGCGUGGAUGGCAUAUACAAGAAAGCUCUUCAGGAAGCUGCAGUAAGAUUUGAAGAGUUGAAGGCACAGAAAGAACUGAGACAGCUUCAGGAAGACAAAAAGAAUGACAAGAAACCUCCUCCCUAUAAACACAUCAAGGUGAACCGGCCAGUGGGUAAGGUGCAGAUCUUCACUGCAGACCUGUCUGAGAUACCACGUUGCAACUGCAAACCAACAGAUGAAAACCCAUGUGGCCUGGACUCCGAAUGCAUCAAUCGCAUGUUGCUCUACGAAUGCCACCCCAUGGUCUGCCCUGCUGGGGAGCGCUGCCAGAACCAGUGCUUCUCCAAGCGGCAGUAUCCCGAGGUACAAAUUUUCCGCACGCUGGCACGAGGCUGGGGGUUGCAAGCCAAAACAGACAUCAGAAAGGGUGAAUUUGUUAAUGAGUAUGUCGGGGAGCCAAUUGAUGAAGAGGAAUGUCGAGCCCGAAUACGCUAUGCUCAGGAGCAUGACAUCACCAAUUUCUACAUGUUGACACUGGAUAAGGAUCGAAUCAUUGAUGCUGGGCCAAAGGGCAAUUACGCUCGAUUCAUGAACCAUUGCUGCCAGCCAAACUGUGAGACUCAGAAAUGGUGUGUGAAUGGCGAUACUCGGGUUGGGCUCUUCGCAAUUGUAAAUAUCAAAGCUGGGACUGAGUUGACUUUCAACUACAAUCUGGAGUGUUUGGGAAAUGGAAAGACCGUUUGUAAAUGUGGUGCCCCAAAUUGCAGUGGCUUCCUAGGAGUACGGCCAAAGAGCCAACCCAGCCUCACCGAGGAAAAGUCCAAGAAGCUAAAGAGACGGCCGCAGAUGAAGCGCAGGUCACAGGCGGAGGUGAUGAAGGAGCGAGAGGACGAGUGUUUCAGCUGUGGGGACGGAGGGCAGCUAGUUUCUUGUAAGAAGCCAGGCUGCCCCAAGGUGUACCAUGCGGACUGCCUCAACCUGACCAAGAGACCUGCAGGAAAAUGGGAGUGCCCAUGGCAUCAGUGUGAUAUGUGUGGUAAGGAAGCAGCUUCCUUCUGCGAGAUGUGCCCCAGGUCCUUCUGCAAGCAGCAUCGGGAAGGCAUGCUCUUCAUCUCCAAGCUGGAUGGACGUUUAUGCUGCACUGAGCAUGAUCCCUGCGGGCCUAACCCUCUAGAGCCGGGAGAAAUUCGUGAGUAUGUGCCUCCCAUAGGAGCUCUGGCUGAUGGCGAGGAC